UCCAGCCAGCGCGGGAAAGUUGAUGCUAGCAAUGAUAAGCUAUCAAAGUUUUCGGAUGCAUUUCUUCUCUGUCUAAACGGUCAACUAUGGACCCUUCGGAGGUCGAGUUCCUCGCCGAGAAAGAGUUGGUGAAGAUAAUCCCAAAUUUCAAUCUCGACAAAUUAUAUUUGAUCGGGGGGGACCUGGGACCUUUCAAUCCCGGUCUGCCGCUGUAUGUCCCCGUGUGGCUGGCCCUCAACCUAAAACAGAGACAGAAAUGUAGAGUCGUUCCUCCUGACUGGAUGGAUGUUGAGAAACUUGAGGAGAUGCGAGAGCUUGAGAGAAAUGCGGCCACCUUCACACCUGCUCCCUGUCCAUACUACAUGGAGCUGACCAAACUGCUGCUCAACCACGCGUCUGACAACAUUCCCAAAGCCGAUGAGAUCCGCACGCUGGUCAAAGACAUCUGGGACACGCGCAUUGCUAAACUCCGCCUUUCUGCAGACAGCUUCAUCACUCAGCAGGAAGCUCAUGCCAAGCUGGACAACCUGACUCUGAUGGAGAUAAACACCAUCCGAGGCUUCCUCCUCGAAUCGCUCAACUGCAUGUACAAACUACGCUCCAAUCUGCAGCCGGGUUCCAGUAAGGGGCCGCUUGCGGAUUAUUGAAGGACACGUCUCGAUGCUUCAGUCAACUAGGAAUUAAGCACCGUUGGGACAAUGGUGUUGGACUUCUUUUUAGCAUGAACAUCAUUUUCCAGACUUCUUUGGCAAUGUC